AAUUCGAAUCUGAACAAUAGCACGAACGAGCGCAUUAUUCUCCCAUACCUACUACGCCCGUGGCUUCAACACCCCACUAGCCAUCACCCAUCAUGAGGUCCCAAAGGCGUUUUCGCGUCGUCACGUACCUGGUGCUGGCCGCUAUUGUCACACUGCUAUUUUUUUCACAUACCCGCCAAUCUAGCGAGCCCGGCUCGCGAUCGCUACACGACUUUUACUCCAAGACCGUGAAUGCCAUGGACAAACACCACGCGGCCGGUGGCGACCGCGGCGGAACGGGUAGUGCUUCGGGCCAGAAGGUCAUUGCCGACCACGACGUGGAUGGGGAUGGGGAUAUUGACGAGGAUGACCGUAUCCAGGCCAAGCAGAUGGCCGACCGUCUCCGGAAAGCUGAGCAAGAGGCGAAGGACAACGCAAAGGCCAAGGGGCCCAAUAAGCCCGAGUCGCCCGCACAGGUUGUCGGCGUCGGGAGCUCGGCAAGUGGCCAAGAAAAGCCUGCCUCGGACGACAAGAACAAGCCAAAGGCCGAGGAAACGGAAAAGGACCAUGAAGUGGAGGAGGCUCUCAACUCCAUCUUGAAGCAAUCUCCAGUCAUCAUCUUUUCCAAGUCAUACUGCCCUUUCUCCAAGAUGGCCAAGGGUGUCCUCCUCGACAAAUACAUCAUCGAGCCUACACCGUUCGUGGUUGAGCUAGACCAACAUCCGCUGGGGGCGAAAAUUCAAGCCAAGCUAGGAGAGAUGACGGGCCGGCGUACGGUGCCUAAUAUCAUGAUCUACGGGCAGAGCAUUGGCGGCGGCGAUGACAUCUCCGACAUGGACAGGGAAAAGACUCUGGCCGACAAGAUCGCCUCGCUCGGGCAAUCUAAGAUUAACGUGUCGCUGCGCUUUGUGCAGAGUGCCCAAAAGGCCAGCUAGGUUUGAUGGCGCUAGCUCGGCUUCUUUCCCUCCCUCCCCCAUUAAGGUUGCGCCCGCAUUGCUCGCACAGGCUUCACAUUAAGGCACCGUGUUUACGUGGGGAUCGACCACCCGUGGCACGGGGCUUGGCAUCUGCGAGCCCCAGCCCGACGUUUCUCACCCGAAGGAGAGUACUCGCGACUCCAAAGAGAGGAGUGUCCCUCGCGGGAGUUGGUCAUGAACGAAACGAUCUAAGUCCCCUAGAACCGGCGUUC